AUGGCCCUAUUCCCCUUUUUUUUUGAAUCUAUGGGUUGUGGCUCUGUCUCUGCAAAUUGCAAUAUGCUAGAACCAGAGGAUAAUAUGGAUUCAGUGGGCACUGGCACUCAAUUUGAUAGUCUGGAGACUCAGGCAAUGGUAAUGGUGCCAAUGUCAGUAGUUGCACAACCAUCACUGGAGACUCAGGAGCAAGGUAAAACCGAAGGAACUAAAAAAGUGGUCAUUGAUGUGGAUGAGAAGGAAACUGAAAAAACUCAGAGAAAGGAGUUGGCACCAAGGUCUAAGAUGUGGCAACAUUUUAUCAAGAUCAAGGACGACAAAGGACUUUUGAAGGCUGGAAGGUGCAAAUAUUGCCACCAUGACAUCAAGGCUGACACAAGGGGACAUGGAACAUCUGCAUUGAAGAAACACUUUGGUACAUGCAAAUGCAAUCCUCAUGUUUUCAACAAGGACCCAAAGCAAGGCACCUUGCAAUCAUGUUGGGGGGAAGCCCCUACCACUUGGAGGUUUGAUCAAGAAGCACUUAGAGAAGCCUUUGCUGAGAUGUUUAAAGAAAUUGCUAAGGAAGAGAAAGUGGACAACAAAGCUUUUUUGAAACUUGAUGUUCCGACAAGGUGGAAUUACACAUAUUUGAUGUUGAAGGCUACAAUUGUGUAUGAGAAAGUGUUCUUAAAGUUAGUUGAAGAUGACACUAAUUAUGUUAUUGAUCUGUCUGAAGCAAGGGAUGGUUUUGGGCAUCCCGAUGAAGAUGAUUGGGACAAUGCAAAGAAGAUGGCACAAUUUCUACAUCAUUUCCAUGACCUUACUGUCCGUAUCUCUUCUUCUCUCCAAGUCACUCGCAACACUUUCUUUCAUGAGAUUGGAGAAGUCUAUCUGUUGAUUCAAGAAUGGCUGAACAGUGAAGAUAAUUUGCAAGUAUCAAUGGGGAUGAGAAUCAAGGACAAUGACAGGCAACAACAAGAGCAAGAUAGGGAUAAAGGGCGGAGCAAGGGCAGGGGGAAGGAGAAGGAGAAGGACAAGGAGAACAUCAAUUUAUUCAUAUUUGUGGCUGCAUUCCUUGAUCCAAGAUACAAAUUAUCUUUGUACACAAAGAUUAGCGUUGAAGAGAUAUUUGGUGAGGAAAGAUGUCAAUUGAUUUGGGCAGCAAUUAAUACUUGUGUGAGAGAGCUGUUUGAAGAAUACAGGAGCAUGUAUGCUCCAAGUGAAGAAACAACUCAAGUAAUUGAUGCUGAUCAAUCUAAGCGAGGUGCAUGA